AUGGCCGCGAACUCCAGUGCCGGACAGAGUCCAGUUGGCCGGCCUUCGAUUGUGCCCCCGGUGGUCGUUCAGCCAGGUGUUGAAAGUCUGGACUCACCAGUUGCCAUCUCCGAGGACACUGUCUUCCAGGUCCCUUCUUUUGCCAAAGCAACCAUGGACAGGCAAGGGAGAAGAAUGCCGCAAUGCAUAGCGCAUAGAGGUUACAAGGCGAAGUACCCGGAAAACACACUUCUUGCCUUCGAGGAAGCUUUGAAAGCAGGCGCCAAGGCCAUCGAAACCGAUGUCCACCUCACCAAGGAUGAUGUCGUGGUCCUUAGCCAUGAUCAGACGCUGAAGCGGUGUUUCGGGAAGAAAGACCGUGUCCUGGAAAGCAAUUGGGACGAUAUCAAGAAUCUGAGGACUCUUGCUCCUCCACACGUUCCAAUGCCACGGCUGCUGGAUCUGCUCGAGUAUCUUACUCAGCCUGGCUUGGAGGAUGUUUGGGUGCUUCUGGACAUCAAACUUGACAACCAAGCAGACGAUGUGAUGCGUCUCAUAGCUUCGACAAUCAACAGCGUCAAGCCGUCACCGGAAAGACCGUGGAAGGACCGCAUAGUUCUCGGUAUUUGGGCGGCCAAGUACCUUGCUCUAGCGGAAAGGCAUCUACUGGGCUUCUCGGUAAUGCACAUUGGAUACAAGAUCUCGUAUGCUCGGCAGUUUGAGAGUGUGCCCAACGUAGGCUUCAACCUGAUGGUGCACAUGCUUAUGGCACCGGGGGGAAAAGGUUUCAUUCAUGACUGUCAGCAGAAGCUUCACCGUCAGCUGUUGGCUUGGACGGUCAACGAGAAGGACAAGAUGGAGUGGUGCAUUCGGCGGCGAGUAGACGGUGUCAUCACGGAUGAUCCGAGUCUGUUCAAUAGUGUUUGCCAGAGAUAUGACGAGCUUGCGAAAGAGCCUCUGAUACCGGUGGGCUUCCGGACGAUUCUCGAUGUCUUGCGAAUAUACAUCCUGGUCAUGGCAUUCUUUUGGUUGUUCAGGCGCCGAGUGAAAGACUCGGAUCUGAUCCGGAAGGUGCGGAAGGAGUGA